UCUAGAUAUAGCUGGUGUCUUUACCUCGCGCCGCCCGAAGACAUGGUAUCCGCGACGACGAUGCACCACCGGCGCCGCUCCAUUCUCCAGCUGGCCCUCCUACUACUGGCGGCGUCACCGGCGGCAAUGCUGGCGGCCGGCGGAUCCUGCGAGAGAGAGGAGUUCCCGGCCGGCAGGAGCUACGCGACGUGCGCGGAUCUCCCUGCCCUCGGCGCCUCGCUGCACUGGACGUACGACGCGGCGGCCUCGUCGUUGUCCCUGGCAUUCGCGGCCAAGCCGUCCGGCGCGAGCGGCGCCGGCUGGGUGGCUUGGGGGGUCAACCCCACCGGCGAUGGCAUGAAGGGCGCGCAGACGCUCCUCGCCUUCAAGAGCAAAGGCGCAUACGUCGUCAACACGUACAACCUCACCGGGUACCGCCCGCUCAGCGCGGCGUCCACGCCGAUCGCGUUCGAGGCCACCGAGCUCGCCGCCGACGAGGGCGCCGACGGGAAGGUGCGGCUCUACGGCACGCUGCAGCUGCCCAAGGGCAUGGAGGCCGUGAACCACAUCUGGCAGGUAGGGUCGACGGUGGCCAAUGGGGUGCCGGCCAAGCACGCGUUCGCGCAGGAGAACCUCGAGGCGAAGGGCAGUCUUGUGCUCACCGGUGCCGGAGCGACGGAGGCCGCGCCAGCUCCGGUGUUUAUCUCUCACGACUAUCUCGAUUAACCAGUAGCAGUAGUGUUUGGGAUACAAAAUUCAAGAGAGAAAGAGAGAGUGGGGAAGGAGAAGGAAGUAGGUAAGGAAGAACAGAGCUGGCAACAAUCUGCAAAAAAAACACACACACACACACCAAUCUUGGGGAUGAUCCGUCGGGAAAGAAAAUUAAGAGUAUUAAGAAAACUAAGAAUACUAUGAGCACUUCUAAUUCAGAUGAUUUCACAAUAGUUCCCCCACAAAAAAAAGACUUCAAAAUAGUAGACAUCAACAUGAAUGUACCCACACACAAAAAACAUCAACAUGAGUGACAACAAUGUGAGUGAUCAUGAGCAUAAUUUUAAUUUGUCUACUAUAAAGUAUGCAAAUUCGGUGAGAACCAAUUUUUGAUAAUAUGUGUUCUGGGCGUCAAUCUCCGUUCAAUUGCAAUCAACCGCCCAUAUUAUGCUUCAAGGGUUGGAUGUACCACAGUAGUGUUUUUUCUAGAGAAAAUUUGGAGCGUUCUCCUUGUUUGGGUGAUGUACCAUGUAAAAAAUUACUUUCACUGAUAUAUCUGCGUACAAUAAAAAUCUUUAUAGAGGAAAAAACAUAACAAAUGUAUUUUUUAUGAUCAAAUAAUAUGUUGAUACAACAUGUACAUGUGAUUAUGUGAUACAAUGUGAACAAACAGGAUACCGCACUUGCUACCUGGGCUCCUCCACCCCCGGGCUGUGUUAAGCUUAACGUCGACGACUCUUUUGUUGAGGCCGACAGUAAUGGUGGCGUCGGGAUGAUCCUCCGUGUCCACAGCGGCGGCGUCAUCUUCUCCUCUUGCAGAUUCAUGUUCACAUGCUCAAGUGCACUUGAAGCUGAAGCUGCUGCCUGCUGCGAAGGCAUUGCCCUCGCACUAGAGUGGAGUCAGGCCCCUGUCAUCAUCGAGACGGACUGCUCCAUGCUUGCGAGCAUGCUAAAGGAAGAUGUUAUCAACCGAUAGGUGAUAGCAGCACAUAUAAAUGAAAUCAAGCGUCUGCUGAGCUCUGGCCGUGAGCACAAAAUAGAGGUUAUCAAAUGUGAGGUGAACUUUGUUAGUCACUCUCUUGCUAUAUAUGGGUGUUGCACGUC